GUAAGCAUUCCCCAAUCGCCAGUGCUGCAACGCUUAGAAAUGGAAACGGCAGCAGACCUACCUCAGGCAACAUCACUGCAGCUUUCAUUCUCAAAGAUCAUGACAACACAUAAUGAGGAGCGAGGUUCUAUGAUUUCUUUGGUUGGAAAAGGGGCAAAAAGUAGGCCUAACCAUUCUGUGCUCAAGAUACGCAAAAAAGAAUUAGAAACGCUCGGGAGAGGAGAGAGGAGAGAGGAGGCAAGAGAGGUUUGGAGUGGAUCAGAACGUGACGAGGAACAUGACGAUGACUUGGACAUCCCACAUGGAAGGGUAAUCUACCAAAAAUUACCACCAAAGCCCGGUACAAAAUUGGAGGUUAAACCCGGACCCUUGAUGGCAAGUAUUUUGACAUGUUAUGUAGGACACAAAGGACUUGAAAAGGCCCUCUAUACGAUGGUCUCAGAGCUACUGACCCCCAUAGAAAGGAUCAGUCGAAUGGGCGUCUGA